CCGUCGACCUCGAGCGCCACGCGCUCUUCGAGGGCGACGGCGGCUUCGCGUGCCGCGCGGUGCCCAACCCCGGCGGCGUCGUGCCCGCGGACGUCGUCGGGACGGUCCUCGACAACCGCGCCUUCGCCGCCGGCGACGGCGCGGCCCUCGCGGCCCUCGCGGACGGCGACCGCGUCUGGGUCUUCGGCUGGGGCGCGGGCGUCGCGGGCGCGCGCGACGUCGCGGACGACCUCCUCGCGCUCCCGGAGCUCGCGGCGGCCAUCGCCGACGCGAUCGCGGCGGCGCCGAACGGCGACGUCGCCGCGCCGCCGCCGCCGCCGCCCGACGACGCCGCGGCCGGAGCCGCGUUCGAGCGCCUCGGCUGCGAGGCGACCUGGGACCUGGCGGACGCGGACGGCUGGGUCGACGUCCUGCGCCAGGACACGGAGAUGGGCGCGCCCUUCGACGGCUCCAUGAAGCGGCGCAACGCGCACGACCGCACGGAGGAGAACUACGCGAUCCUCGACGAGCUCGAGCGCAUGCGCUCGCUGUCGACGGGCCGCCUGGAGCUCCUGCUCGAAUGGCCGGGCACGGGCCUGUCGGCCAUGCACUGGGAGCAGCGCAUGAACCCGGCCAAGUUCACGUCGAGGACGCGCGAGAAGCAGUACGACGAGGCGCUCGACUACGUCGCCGUCUCAACGCCCUACUUCGAGUCCAACGAAUGGGGCGGCCUCGAGUUCGACGGGUCGUCGGCGCUCCUCGACGGCUCCUUCGACUCGAGCAGCUGGUGGUACGCCGUCGGGUCGUUCUCGACGUCCAUCCCCAUGACGCAGGGCGACGAGUACGUCGACGACGCGUGGGGCAACCGCGCGACGCUGAAGGGGCGGCCCGGCGACGACUCCUACUUCUUCGCGCCGACCUGCGUCGCGUGCGACGCCUGCUACGACGCCGACGGCCGGUUCCUGGACAACGCGACGGUGCGGACCGCGCCCUUCAACGAGACGUGCAAGCUCGGCGAGCCCUGCUCCGUCAACGGCACGACCUACGAGACCGUCAAGGGCUGCCCGGACAAGUGCCGCGGGCGCCGCGUGCGGGCCUUCGAGGCCCACGCGGCCCACGAGGUCGUCGUCGCGCACCGCUACGACGACGACGCCAACUGCACGGCGUCGGCGAACGCGUCGUGCGCGGGCUACGACGCGACGAACGCCGCCGACGUGUCCUUCGCGCCCGUCUACGGGCCCGGCGCGGGCUCCUUCGAGGGCUUCUUCGUCGCGCCCGUGUCCGCGAACUACACGUUCUACGCGACCUUCGACAGCGACCUGGAACUGUCGCUCUCCGAGAGCGGCGACCCGCGGCGGCGCCGCGUCGUCCUCGGCGGCGCCGACGCGCCGGACGCGGCCGACGGCGACGUCUUCGACGGCUGGACCCACUUCCGGGGCCACUGGUACAAGGUCUUCGCCCACGACGAGCACGAC